AUGGCCACAAACGACAAGAUGGGUCAGAUGAAGUUGGAUGCGAUUAACGACCGGCUUCACGGCGGUCGAUUAUACUCGGUCGGAAGUCAAUCGUGCUGCACCAGUGAGAGCAUCAGUGUGUUCGAGCGGACCAGACGGCUGUUUCGGUUUGCUAUGGAGAAGCAGGUAGGAGUUUUGAUAUAUUUUAGGGUUAUUAUUGCAAAAAUUUGAUUUUGAAAUUGCACGGUGCAGUGUAAAAAUAAUUUUAAUUUUCAAAAAUACAAAAUUGAACUAAAAAGUUUUAAGCUGAUUAGAGAACCAUUUUAAUGAUAUCGUACGGUAUUGUAACACAAAAAGUAAUUUAAAAAAUAGCUGCGAAAUUUAACCUUCUCGUCUAUUACUACAAGGUGAAGAUAAUCUGAUUGUAAACCCAUUAGUCAGGGAUUACAACGCAUUUUGGGCUAAAUCACUCGUAUUUGUACAGAAUGCAUUAGACUUGUGUUAUAUACAUGAAAAUUUUGUGUUUUAAUCAUCUUUUUUAACAGAUUUAAUGAAAAAAUGUCUGAACUUCAAGGAUUUUCGACUGAAAACAUCAUUUUUCUGCUAAAAACGUCACCAGUUUUUGAAAUUUUGGCUUAGAUACACAGUAAAAAGACUAGUAUUUUAUAAGCGGAAGGUUGUUUUAUAUCCCACAAAUUGUUUAAACUUUGAUUCAACUCGAAAACAUGGGUAAAACACCAGGAACUGACCUGUUUUGACAGUCUAAUCCCACCAAAAUACUCGAAAAUGUAGAAAAACAAACGUUUUCAUAAUGUUUUUAUGGCCGUUUUGUUUGUUUAGAAAGACCAAAAUUUGUUCGCAAAAACUGGUGUACCGGCUGGCACUGUUAACGCAUGAAAAUAGUCAAUAAACGUGCGGAAACGCCAUGUAUAAUAUCCGAAAUUGGGAUGAACCAAAGGGAUAUGACAUGCUAGAAUAGACAGGAUAAUUUUGAUGAUAGGACAAAGUAAGUUAGGAUAGGACAGGGUAAGGUAGAGUAGAGUAGGGUAAAAUAAGUUUGUGUAGGGUAGGUAAGUAACUUUUUAUUAAAUUUUAGGUAACAAAAUGUUGUUUUUGUGCAUUUUUCUAAAUUUUAUUUAACAAAAUUCCAUUUUUCAUAACCAUUUUAAAAUUUUAGGUAACAAUCUAAAUUUUUUUUGCAUUUUUUAAAAAUUUUAGGUAACAAGUUCAAAUAAAAAAGUGAAAGCAAGGCAGAAAAUUGGCUGUUCUCAGUUUUGUAGCUUUAAAAAUUAAAAGUAAUUGUACUAUGUUGUAGUACAUAAAUAUUGUAGUAAAAUGUAAAAACUGGACAAUACAAUCUGGUUGUAGUUAAAGCAGUUGUAAAAUUGUAGGUAAAGUGAACUUGUGAAGGUAAAAUGGGGACAAAAGAAUGAAAUUUGGGGCAAAACAUGGCUUAAAAUAUCUUGAAACUUGCAAAAAUUACAAGAAAAUUGGACAAAAAACCUUUAAAACAUCGGAAUUCUAUCUAAAAGAAUAUAAAAACUCUCAUUUUUAGUCCUUCUACGCCCACUGUUUCAAACUUCUGACCUUAUUCUGCAUCGCCGUUGCCCAUCUGGUCUAUAUGCAACCAUUCCUCGACUCCUAUAGCGCAGUAGAAGACUACACACUCAAGUUGAAUGCCCAAUAUCCUGGUGAUGAGCCUGUUAAAGGUCAAGACAUCAAGCAUUUCCGCUCCCAAAUGGAGGUUCUGGCCGACUACAAGCAGAACACCUGGAUGUGUGUAGCCUCGAUGUGUAUCGCGUUGUCUACAACAUGCUUCUUCUUGUUCAUCCUGCCAAUCACGACUGUUCGACCGAGGAAUGUGCUGUUUUUGGCUGUGCUUGACUUGAGCAUGUUCGCUGCAUUGCCAUUGUUAUUGACGUGCCGGAUCUUUAUAGUGGAGAAGUUGCACUUGGGCUUGGCCGCUGCGAUGCGAACUGGCCAUAAAAUCAUGUCUGCUGAGCGGGUUAUGAACAUUCUACAGUGUACCAUCUUGCCCAGGGAGAGGGUAGGUUUAUAUCCAUUUUUUAAGUUAUUAAAAAAAAGUUUUGAAAUUUUGAACAAUAUUGUUCUUGGUACCUUUAGUUAUCUUAAAAAUUAAUCUUUUCUUUUUGAAUCUAUUAAAACAAGUUUUACUUUAACCCACCUUAUUUUAGCUACCUUACUGUUCUGAAGUCGUUCUAAGCACGAUCUUCCCCAUCAUUCUCCUAAAAUACUUGAUCAUUCUGGCCCUCCUGACUUUGUUAUACAUUGGUCUAGCCUACUUGAUCGAGUGGUGCAUUCGUCACUGGUUCCCCCACUCCCAACGUACUCCAUUACCUACACAUUCGUGCUGCAUGACCAAGUGCAACAAGUACAGAUGCCAAGUCGACACAGUCCGACCGAUUCGCCAGUACCAAAACAAGAGCUACGUACCAGUGCUACUACCGAACGGUGAGAAGUGUCAACCUCUGUAUCCAACUGCUUCGAUCUCGAUUGUGCCAUUGAUCGAGCGAGUGGAUGAGGAAACGGAAACUCCCAGUGUGGCCGACUCAAUCCCGGCCGAACCUCAACCAAAUGCUUGA